AUGGCUAGCUCAGCCCUUGGAGCCAUCCUCGCUGUGCUGGCCUCGCUCAUCAUCACUGCCAACGCGCUGGUGGCCAUCGUUCUCCUUCGCCUCAUCCAGAAGAGCGGCUCCAAGGGGCUCUAUUUUGUCCUUAAUCUCGCCGUUGCGGAUGCCAUGGUUGGCUUCACGGUCAUGGGUCUGGUCAUGGAUGAGUUUUCCCAGCCCUUUUAUCCUCCCCACAUCUUCUGUGUCCUGAGAAUGGCUUUCGUGACCUCCUCUUCUGCUGCCUCUAUCCUAUCCCUGAUUCUGGUUGCGUGCGACAGGCACCUGGCAAUCAGGAAGCCUUUCCACUAUUUCCAGCUGGUGACAGGCCUGCGGGUCGGGGUGCGCUUGGUGGGGCUCUGGCUGGUUGCUGCCAUCGUUGGCUUCCUCCCAGUCCUCACCCCACACUUUCAGAAUAUCUCCACCCACGAGAAGUGCUCCUUCUUCAGAACCUUCCACCCCACCUACAUGCUCACCGUCUUCUGCGUUGGCUUCUUCCCAGCGCUCUUUCUCUUCAUUUAUCUCUACUGUGACAUGCUGAAAAUUGCCUCUGUGCACGUGCAGCAUAUCCGGGAAGUGGAGCACGCAGGACUGGCGGGGGGCUGCCCCCCAUUCCGCACCACCAGCGACAUGAAGGCCAUGCGCACCGUUGCUGUGCUCGUCGGGUGCUUCACGCUGUCUUGGUUGCCGUUCUUCAUCGCCAGCGUCGUGCAAACUGUCUGUUCCAAGUGCUUCCCCUACAAAGUCAUUGAGAACUACCUCUGGCUGCUGGGACUGUGCAACUCCCUCCUGAACCCCCUGCUCUACUCCUACUGGCAGAAGGACAUACGGCUGCAGCUCUCCCAGCUGGCUGCAGACGUGAAGAGGAGAGUCCUCUUUCACCUGGGGAAUGGCUGCCAUUUCCCUGGCAGAGGCACCAAGUCUCUCCCCACUGUGUCCUGCCUGCAGCUCCAGGACUGA